AUGCAAAUUCUCAUUUGGAAUGAACCCCAAGUGUUUCAUUCCUUCUCUCUCUCGAAGUUCAAGCUGGUAGACAACUUCGACUUCACAUCCAAGCUAUCAGUACAACGAGCAAUGUUGUUGUCGCCGCUCAUAUGGAAACUGAAGCGAUUACUGAACAUUAGUUUGGUGAAGAAGCUGAAGGAAGCGAUUGGAGUGGUGGACAAUGUGGCCAUGGAGAUGAUAGGGCAGAGGAGGAGGGAGAUGAUGACGACGACAGAGAAAGAUUUUAAACAGGCCAUUUCCUUCAAGAAUGAAAUAGUUUUAUCUACUUCCAAAUCUCUUUCCUUAUACAAUGCUUCUCUGUUGAAAGAACCCCUCAACCUUUUCAUGACAACCACCAAAUUUAUAGACAAGUAUCAUUGUAUUUUCAUGCAAUUCCAACCGGAUCGUGGCUUCCCUCCACAUGUUAAACUCACACCUCAUGCUUUAUGCCUACACAAAGAAGAAAUGGAUAUCCACAAAUGUCUCAUUAACCAUGUAGACAUUGUUCAUAGGAUUGCAAGGCUUCUGAUGCUUGCUGGUAUGGGAAAAUUGCCACUUUAUGUAAUUGAGAAGCUAAAAUGGGAUCUGGGUCUUCCUCAUGAUUAUGUGAAGACUCUUUUGGCCGAUUAUCCUGAUUAUUUUGAUGUUUGUAGCCUCGAAGAUCCAUUAUCCAGAAAGGUUGUCCUGAUUAGGAAGCAUCCAUUAAUGGGUAUGAGAUUGAGGAUCGCUCAAAAGAGAGGAAGGAAGAGGUCGCUGGCGUUGAUGGUGGCUGACGGAGGCGCGACUGUGCGGCGGUGA